AUGGGGCAGGACCAGACGAAGCAGCAGAUCGAGAAGGGGCUCCAGCUGUACCAAUCUAACCACACGGAGAAGGCGCUGCAGGUGUGGAUGAAGGUGCUGGAGAAGAGCUCAGACCUCGUGGGGCGCUUCCGCGUGCUGGGCUGCCUCGUCACGGCCCACUCGGAGAUGGGCCGCUACAAGGAGAUGCUCAAGUUUGCUGUGGUCCAGAUUGACACCGCCCGGGAGCUGGAGGACGCCAACUUCCUCCUGGAGAGCUACCUGAACCUGGCGCGCAGCAACGAGAAGCUGUGUGAGUUCCACAAGACCAUCUCCUACUGCAAGACCUGCCUCGGCCUGCCCGGCACCAGGGCGGCCGCCCAGCUCGGAGGCCAGGUCAGCCUGAGCAUGGGCAACGCCUUCCUGGGCCUCAGCCUCUUCCAGAAGGCCCUGGAGAGCUUCGAGAAGGCCCUGCGCUAUGCCCACAACAACGACGACGCCAUGCUCGAGUGCCGCGUGUGCUGCAGCCUGGGCAGCUUUUACGCUCAGGUCAAGGACUACGAGAAAGCCCUGUUCUUCCCCUGCAAGGCCGCAGAGCUCGUCAACGACUAUGGCAAAGGCUGGAGCCUCAAGUACCGGGCCAUGAGCCAGUAUCACAUGGCUGUAGCUUACCGUCUGCUGGGCCACCUGGGCAGCGCCAUGGAGUGCUGUGAGGAGUCUAUGAAGAUCGCGCUUCAGCACGGGGACCGUCCGCUGCAGGCUCUCUGCCUGCUCUGCUUUGCUGACAUCCACCGGAGCCGUGGGGACCUGCAGACGGCCUUCCCCAGGUACGACUCCGCCAUGAGCAUCAUGACCGAGAUCGGAAACCGCCUGGGGCAGGUGCAGGUGUUGCUGGGCGUGGCCAAGUGCUGGGUGGCCAGGAAGGCGCUGGACAAGGCUCUGGAUGCCAUUGAGAGAGCCCAGGACCUGGCUGAGGAGGUGGGGAACAAGCUGGGCCAGCUGAAGCUGCACUGCCUGAGCGAGGGCAUCUACCGCAGCAAAGGGCUGCAGCGGGAGCUGCGCGCCCACGUCGUGCGCUUCCACGAGUGCGUGGAGGAGACCGAGCUCUACUGCGGCCUGUGCGGCGAGUCCAUCGGCGAGCGGAACAGCCGCCUGCAGGCCCUGCCCUGCUCCCACAUCUUCCACCUCAGGUGCCUGCAGAACAACGGGACCCGAAGCUGCCCCAACUGCCGCCGCUCGUCCAUGAAGCCUGGCUUCGUGUGA